CACGUGCACGUGCUAGUGUUUAUUUAUCCUCACAUUUCCGGUUUUCUCAAAGUCCACCUCUUCCUCAAAAAACAGAAAAUCAUCCGAGUGAAGCAUGUUCAAAUUCGGAUUCUCCGACGAUAACUCACCCGCAGCUACGGGGAAUAACGAGACCGCGAAACUCGAUUGGUUCCCAGCCAGGGAAAUUCAAAUAUCCGGAGAGAAAAUUUCCGAGUUACCGGGGGAAGAUGAUACGAUAAAUACUGCAUUCUGUGGUAUUCAUUUGAAGCUCGUGCGUUCGGAUAAUGUGGCCUUCAAUCUUGAAAGUGAUGAGCAUGAAAAUAUUAUUAAAGCUGAGAUGCAACAUUCGGAUUUACUUCCCGCAAUUUACGAAGGUGGUUUGAAAAUCUGGGAAUGCACGAAUGACUUGAGUCAAUACUUAAUCACUCAAAAAGUUGAUUUAAAGAGCAAAAAGGUUCUUGACCUAGGCUGUGGCGCAGGUGUCCUUGGGAUCAUCACUUUAUUGAAAGGAGCUAUCGCCCAUUUCCAGGAUUACAAUUCCGAAGUGAUUCAGUUAGUGACGAUUCCAAAUAUUCUACUGAACCUGAAGGACCGCGAUUUGCUUAAAGAAAAUUGUAGAUUUUUUUCCGGAGAUUGGGCCGCUUUUACGGAAUUAUUUUGCGAGAAAUUUCCGCGCGAGGAGGGGAAGUAUGAUGUGAUAUUGAGCAGCGAGACUAUUUACAAUUCCGAGAAUCAUGAGAAGCUGUAUCAAGUGUUCAAGAGGUGUCUGAAGGAGGAUGGCGUUGGGUACAUAGCUGGAAAAACAUAUUACUUCGGAGUUGGCGGAGGGAUGCGCCAGUUUGAGAAUUUAAUCUCGCAAGAUGGUGCAUUCGAUGUUGAAACCGUGUGGACAAGUGAACAGGGCUUACAACGAGAGAUACUGAAGUUAACGAGACUGAAGCAGUGAUUGUUCGCUAUUGCCCGUACAAAUAAAUAAAUUCCACUAAUAACAAAUUUCAACUAGGCGAACAAUGCGCUCAAGGCGACAGUCUCUCGAAGACCCAUCCGUCCUCCCCCUGGUGAACUAGGAUAUUGUCGAUUUUUUCGUUCGGAUGGGGCCGACGAAAGCGAAUUCUGUCGUGGAGGCGAUCACUCUGGCCCUGCCAGAAUUCCACGGACUUGGGAAUGACGAUGAAACCUCCCCUAAAACAUGAGAGAUUACGUAAAAUUUAAUUUAUAACUCAGCACAUGUUUUUCUUAAAUCUUUCUAUUGGCAUUUUACUCGAAAUUCAUUGAAAUUCUAUUGAAAUUCUACGGA